UACUGUGCGCUGAAUGGCCGCACACAUGCAGAGGUGGAGAUGUAACAUGACAUCAUCACAAGCGAGUUGACACGGUGGGGGACAUCGGGAACUUUUAAUCACAGCCGGCACAGCAAUACAUAGAAACACAUCACAAGAGAAGCAUGAGGCAACACUGUGCAUUAAAACAUGGAAUACUUAGGGAAUUCCUGGCGGAAUUCCUUGGCACCUUUGUUUUGGUUUUGUUUGGCUGCGGCUCGGUGGCCCAGAAUGUCCUCAGUCGGAACUCUUUGGGCGAGCCACUCACUGUGCACAUUGGCUUCUCAGUUGGGCUGACGAUGGCCGUAUACGUGGCUGGGGGAGUGUCAGGGGGGCAUGUAAACCCUGCUGUGUCUCUGGCCAUGGUGCUUCUGGGCAAACUUAAGGUUUGGAAGUUUCCUUUCUACGUCAUUGCUCAGUUUCUUGGUGCAUUUGCAGGAGCUGCUGCAGUCUUUGGAUUAUACUAUGAUGCGUUCAUGGACUUCACUAGUGGGAUUUUGUCGGUGACGGGAAUCAACGCUACAGGUCACAUUUUUGCAUCCUACCCGGCAAGACACCUGUCAGUUCUUGGCGGAUUCAUUGAUCAGGUGGUGGGUACUGGCAUGUUGGUUCUCUGCAUCCUGGCAAUUAUAGAUGGAGGAAACAUUGGAGCCCCCAAAGGCAUGGAGCCACUGGCCAUCGGCCUGAUCAUCAUGGCCAUCGGAGUGUCCAUGAAUCUCAACUGUGGCUACCCCCUGAACCCUGCCAGGGACCUGGGACCUAGACUCUUCACUGCUGUGGCCGGAUGGGGGAUGGAGGUGUUCAGCACGGCAGGCCACUGGUGGUGGAUCCCAGUGGCAGGGCCCAUGGUGGGGGGUGUGGUCGCAGCAGUCGUGUACUACCUGCUUAUCGAGCUUCAUCACCAUCGUGACAAACCUGAGAAACCCCAUGAAGGGGAAGGCGACGAGGAGGAAGAGGAAGACGAUGAGGACGAGGACUGCAGCCUGAAGGACAAAUAUGAGAUGAUCACCAUGAGUUAAAAAAAUAAAAAAUAAAAAAGAGACAGACAUUCAUGACCAUUCAUUGAUGGUAUGGUCGAUGAGGAGCUCCCACCUCAGCGUGUGUGCUCUUUGCUAAUUAGUGUUCCUCUGAUCAGCCUUUUGGCCUUCCCAAAACAUUCAAAUGUUAUCUGAUGCAAUACUGAAACUACUUGCACAAAAUAAUUUUGCAGUAUACACAGGCAGAAAUACAGAAACUAGAUAAAUCUAAUUUAAACCUCUCACAUGAGUGGAUUAUGAAUGGAUGACUUGUAAAUACUAUACUGUCAAAUAUUAGAUAUAACAUGCACGACUGCCUCAUUUAAGAUUUGCUCCUGUUUUUCUGCAGUAGGUGAUUUUCACUGUAAUAUAUGUAUUUUUUUUAGCAUCGCUUGUCAUUUCUUAAGCACACCACAUGUAUUCCUGAUAUUUAUUAUUGUUGUUUAAAUUAAAAUUUCUACAAACCCGUUA